AUGGAACCUUUCACUUUAGUUUUUACAGUUACGGAUGAUCCAAUCUUUGUUUAUAAGAAACCAGCUGAUGUAUCUGCCGCACUUGUCAAAUAUUUUGAAGCCUACUCUAAAGCAAAUAAAGAUAAUAAAGAAAAAGACAUGUUUCCUGAUUAUACAAAACUUAGUCAUACUGAAUUUUUCAUUCGAUUAGCUUCUCUUUCACAAAAAUAUUUAAAUAAAGCUAUAUGUCCAAAUUGUUUUCGACAGUAUGAAAUCGGUGAACAACAUUGUCAAAUAUGUUCCAUUAACAAUAUACUCAUUCAACCGAAAACAUUUAAUAAUACUGAUGUUUUAUCAUUUCAAACUAAUAUUGCUAAGCGUUGUCGAAAUGAAUAUGUUCUUACUGAGGAUAAUUUUAUUAAAAUGCUCUUGAUCUACAUGCGAGUACAAUGUGGUAUACCUGUUCUGAUUAUGGGCGAGACAGGAUGUGGAAAGACAAUAUUGAUUCAAUUCUUAUGUCAAAAGAUUUUAGAUGACGAUCUCGAAGUUAUUCGUGUACAUACAGGUUUUACAGCUAAGAAAAUCAUUGAAAUAAUGCAACUUUGUAUUACAAAAGCUAAAACCAGUGCUGAAAAAGGAAAACAUUUAUGGAUUUUUUUCGAUGAAUUUAAUACAACAACUAAUAUUGCUCUUCUCAAAGAAAUUAUAUAUGAAAGAACUCUAUUAGGUUUACCUCUACCAGCAAACAUGAUCUUUCUAGGAGUUUGUAAUCCACGUCGUAAGAAAACACUUAAGAUUAUCAUUAAUGAAGAUGAUCAUAUUGGAAUACGAAAAACUCGUCAGAAAUUACUUGGAACAGGUUUUGAUCGAUGUCUUCUACAUACUGUUGUACCUAUUCCAGAAACAAUGCUUGAAUAUAUAUGGAACUAUGAAGAUGCUAGUAGUGUAAGUUUACGUGAUAUUGCUCGUUUUUGUCGAUUGUAUAAUUGGUAUCUCGAUUUAUUAAAUCAAAUUGCAUGUGUAAAAUUAUCUAAAAGUGAAAUGCAUUAUUUUCCUCAUCGAGCAAGUUUUGUUGCAUUAUUACUAUGUUACUACUUUCGAUUACACUCGAUUAAAUUAAAAAACAUCUAUAUUGAUAAAAUGCAAUUGAUAAUUGAAAAAUGGUAUCCAAAACCUAAAAAUAUUCAUAAGUACUUAAUGAAAGAUGUUCUUGAACAUGAACAGAAAAACUUAAUUGAUAAUAAGAUGAAGUUACCGAAAGGUACAGCAUGGAAUCGUGAAUUACGUGAUAAUAUAUUCGUUCUUCUAGCUUGCAUUAUCAAUCAUAUUCCACUGUUUAUGUGUGGUAAACCUGGUAGUAGUAAAUCAUCAGCAGUUCAAAUAUUAAUCAAUAAUCUCAAAGGAAAAAUGUCAAAAGAUUCAUAUUUUCAAACACUACCUGAAUUAGUUACUGUUUAUUUUCAAGGUUGA